AAGAGGCGGCGGGCGCGGGCGGCCGAGCGGAGCCGAGCGCAGCCGAGCCGGGCCGAUCCGGGCCGGGCCGGGCCCAGGAGCGCGCGGGCGAUGCGGGCGUCUGGGCGAGGGUUGGCCGGCCCCUGAACCCCGCGCUCCCUGGGCCAGCGAGGGAGCCCCGCGGCGGCGCGCUCCCGAGGCGGCCGGCCCGCCAUGGCCGGGGUCAGCUACGCGGCGCCCUGGUGGGUGAACCUACUGCACCGGCUGCCCCACUUCGAUCUGCGCUGGGAGACCACCAGUAGCCAGUUCCGGCCCGAGGAUACGGACUACCAGCAGGCGCUGCUGCUGCUGGGGGCCGCCGCGCUGGCCUGCCUCGCCCUGGACCUCCUCUUCCUUCUCUUCUACUCCUUCUGGCUCUGCUGCCGGCGGCGCAAGAGCGAGGAGCACCUGGACGCCGACUGCUGCUGCACCGCCUGGUGCGUCAUCAUCGCCACGCUGGUCUGCAGCGCCGGCAUCGCCGUGGGGUUCUAUGGCAACGGGGAGACCAGUGACGGCAUCCAUCGGGCUACCUAUUCGCUCCGCCACGCCAACCGCACAGUGGCGGGCGUCCAGGACCGCGUGUGGGACACCGCGGCCGCGCUGAACCGCACGGCAGAGCCCAGCCUGCAGAGCCUGGAGCGGCAGCUGGCCGCGCGCCCAGAGCCCCUGCGUGCAGUCCGGAGGCUACAGGGCCUUCUCGACACGCUACUGGGCUACACCGCUGCCAUCCCCUUCUGGAGGAACCCGGCUGUGUCCCUGGAGGCGCUGGCCGAGCAGGUGGAUCUCUACGACUGGUACAGGUGGCUGGGCUACUUGGGCCUGCUGCUGCUCGACGUGGCCAUCUGCCUGCUGGUGCUGGUCGGCCUCAUCCGCAGCUCCAAGGGCAUUCUGGUUGGGGUCUGCCUGCUGGGGGUCCUGGCCCUGGUCAUCAGCUGGGGCGCACUGGGCUUGGAGGUGGCCGUGUCCGUGGGCUCCAGUGACUUCUGUGUGGACCCCGACACCUACGUGACCAGGAUGGUGGAGGAGCACUCCGUGCUGAGUGGGGACAUCUUGCAGUACUACCUGGCCUGCUCGCCCCAUGCCUCCAACCCCUUCCAGCAGAAGCUGUCUGGCAGCCACAAGGCACUGGUGGAGAUGCAGGACGUUGUGGCCGAGCUGCUGAAGACUGUCCCCCGGGAGUACCCGGCCACCAAGGACCCCCUGCUCCGUGUCCAGGAGGUACUGAAUGGCACAGAAGUGAACCUGCAGCACCUCACUGCCCUGGUGGACUGUCGCAGCCUGCACCUGGACUACGUGCAGGCCCUGACAGGCUUCUGUUACGACGGCGUUGAGGGCCUCAUCUACCUGGCCCUCUUCUCCUUCGUCACAGCCCUCAUGUUCAGCUCCAUCGUCUGCAGCGUCCCACACACCUGGCAGCAGAAAAGAGGCCCCGAGGAGGACGGGGAGGAGGAGGCUGCCCCGGGGCCCAGGCAGGCACACGACAGCCUCUACCGUGUGCACAUGCCGAGCCUGUACAGCUGUGGCAGCAGCUACGGCAGCGAGACGAGCAUCCCCGCCGCAGCCCACACCGUCAGCAACGCCCCAGUCACUGAGUACAUGAGCCAGAAUGCCAACUUCCAGAACCCGCGCUGUGAGAACACACCCCUCAUCGGACGCGAGUCCCCACCGCCCUCAUACACCUCCAGCAUGAGAGCCAAAUACCUCGCCACCAGCCAGCCUCGCCCCGACUCCAGCGGCAGCGGCCACUAGACAGCCCCGGCUGGCCACCCGCCCGCGUGCCAAUUGCCCCACUCCUCCCUGUGCCAGCACUGCCGCUUUAACCCGCGACCACUCGCCGGACCCUCCGCACACACGCCAGGCCCGCUGUAGGCCCCUCUGUGGCCCCUCGCCCUUCCCCUCCCCUUCCCGCAGGGGCAUGGAGGUGAGGAGCUCCGGGCCCGCAUCCUCACCUCGGGCCACACGCCUGGACCCCUGCAAGCGAUGCCACCAGCGCUGGGCCCGCGCCCCCAUGCCUGCCCACCUGAGGAUUUGGGUUCACCCUGCCCUGGGCCCAUCUCAGUGCCGUGUCCCCACCCCUCGCUCUGCAGCUCGCUGACCCUGGGGACGCCUGCAUUCUCAGCUCGCACCCAGCCUGCCCCUUUCCUCCCACAGCUCUGUGCUCCCGUGCCCCCCAGGCUUCUGUCCACAGGCUGUGUAGCACCCCCGCUGUGCGCACCACCCGGAGGGACCUUGGUGCGUGCCUGCCCGCCAGGCUCCUGUGCAGAGAGCUCCCGGGGCGCCUCUGUGCCAUCUGUAGCUCUUCCCUUUUCUCUCCACUGACCACAGGCCCCUCCUGCCAGUUGCCAGAAGCCUCCCAGGGAGGCUCCGCUUCCUCUGCCCAGCACUGCUCUCUCCUGCAGCGCCCAGCCCCCCGCGGUGGCAGGAGGACAGCAGGGGCCGCGCUGAGCCCGGGCUGUGCACUCAGUGCUGGCCACCUUCUUGGUGCCAAACCCCCUCCCCCACCCCGAGACUUGGCAGCUCGUCUGGUUCAUUUUUGCACUAACCACGUUUGUCACCCUGGGGCAGGCAGGUCUGCGGGCUGGGCAGGCCCCCCUGCUCGGUUCUCUCCCCCUCCUCGGUUCCCUCUCUGUUCAGGACAGGCGCAGUGUCCCGUGCCGGGCCAUGGGGCUGGACCUGAGCUGGCUGUGAACGUGCCCUGGGCCCCUGCUGCCCCUCCUGGGACUAACCACUAACCUCACCCAGCCUCCGCGGGCACUCCUGGCCUACGCAGAGCCUGCACGUGUAACCCUGAGUCCAGGCCAGAGAUGAGGCCUAAGCCGGCCGGCUGGGAAUCAGGCUGGAGUAGCCGUUUCUUGUUGGGGUGCUGCUGGGGAAGGGCUGUAGACUGACAGGCAGCCCAGGAGCCUGGGGAGCCGUCCUGGGCAGGUGCUGCCCCAGGAUGACUGUGUCCUAGGGAACGAAUGUCCCUUGGGCUGUAGGACCGAGGUCCCUGCGGCCUCAGUCUCCCUACCUGUGAAGUGGGAACAAGGCUUCCCUAAGGUGCUUUGGCUUUAGUGUACAAUGUUUGCUGUGUUUCCUGCCAUGAAGGGCAGGCCACCCACAAAUCAGGUUGGGGUGUCCCCUGCCAGUCCCAGCCUUGGUCUAGCCAGCCUGAAACGGAGAGGCUCCGGCCUGUGUGUCAGAGUACCAUCGGCGGCCAUGUGUGAGGGCCCAGGCCAGGGUCCUGCAGUGGGAGGUGAGCAGCUGGCCAAGCAGCUUACAGACAUGUGGGCUCUUCCUUCCAGAGUUGGGGCAGUGCCUGUCCCGGGGCCAGGCUGCCUGCCCUUCCUCCACAAUCCUCUCCCUGUGCUGGUGUCUGGGACCAAAAGGGUGGGUGGGCUGGAGGCCAGGCCACAUCUGCCCCACUCCUGGGGCAAGCCCCUGCCCCGGGAAGGGAAGGGAAUGAGCAGGCAAACACUGGGGUGCCCUAGGAGGUCCUGGGGCCCUGAACCCUGCGUCUGAGCCCAUGGGCACGGCCAAACCUCACUGCAGGGCACUGUGUGCCCUGGGCCCCCAUGGCAGAGCUGCCCAGGUUCUCUGGGCUCCACCAGUGGCGAGAGGGCUCCAGGCCCAGGGUGGGAGGAGGCCCCGCAGCCCUGCCUGGUGCCGCUGCGCAGAAGCACAAACAGCUGCCCACAGCCCUGGGAGGCCACCCACAGCUCUGGGAGGCCGCCCGCAAUGUGAAUGUACAUAGCAUGAGGGGCGGGCACUGCCCGGACAGGCUGUGGACCGCGGCUGUCCCGCAAGUUCCCUCUGUGCAUCGUGUGCGUGUGCGCCUGCCCCAUCUGCGACGUCAGCAGGUCCCUUCUGCUCGCCGAGGCUGGUUCAGGAAAAGGAGAAUGGUCGCAAGGGGCUCGGACCCAGGCCUCAGUCUGUGGAGGGGAGCAGGUCUUGCCAUUGAUUUCCUUUUUGUUCGAAGUUUUCAGGGUCCCCUUCCUCACCGCCCUCCAUCCUGGUGACUUCUCCACAUCCCUUCCCACCCCUGCACCGCUGGGCCUCGCUUCCUGCAGGCCCUUGGCAAAGUGGGUGGCAAGUGGGAGGGAGGAGCCUCCCGGGGCCUUGAAGCGCCCCCUCCCCCCUCUGCAGGGUCCAGCUGGCUCCCAGGGCCCCGACAGGCUGGGCAAGUGGGAGGCAGGGUCCAGCCGGGACACCUGGCUGAUGGGGCUCCCCGUGCCAGCAUCCACUGCCCCUGGGUCCCCUGCUGUGUCACCCACCCCAUCUCACUAUGCAAUUCCAGCCCAAGUACCAUUCCCUCCCUACCUGGGAUCCCUGCCCAGCCCAGGAGGGGUGGGUAGCCUCCCUGGGCCUCAGCUGGGGGCAGGCAGGGACAUUUUAUUUGACCGUGAUGGUUGCGUGCUGUGCCACUUUGUUAUAUAUAACCUAUCAUUCGAUAUGAUUUUGUUAAGACUCCCACCCUCCCGGCCCCUGCACCCUCUCCCCAGUGAGAUUUAAUGCCCUGGGCGGUAAGGGGGAACUGAGGCCUGAACCAUUCGGCACCUUCCUCCAGGGCCUUCCUCCGACCUCCGUAGGGCCACGGCUUGUGUGCUGUCGCUGUGUUUUUAUUUUUAUUUUUGUUUUUUAACUGGGUUUGGGGUUUGAUUUUUAUUUCUUUGGGGGCUUUAUUUUUCUUGGCAAAUAACUAAAAAUCUCAUCAAUGUAAUUUCUGUGGUUUCUAUUCAGCUUGGGUUUCAUGUUUUAAAAUAAACAAAUUUUAAAAAACAA